ACUUCUUCUUCGUCUUCACAAUCAUAAACCCUAAAUAAUCAACUCUGCAGAUAAAAAUUAAUGUCCGUUCAAAGAUACUCUGUUCUGUUUCAUCUCUGUCAUUAGUCUUCUGCUUUCAGAUUCCAAUUUUUUUUUUGAAUUUAUCUCUUAGCCAUUUCUUGAUUUCACUUCGAUUUCCGGCGAUGUUACGAGAAUCAGACGGUGAGAUGAGUUUAGGAACAACAAACUCACCGAUAAGCAGCGGAACAGAGAGUUGUAGUAGUUUCAGCCGGUUAUCAUUCGACGCGCCACCGUCAACCACCGCAAUAAUCCCCGAAGAAGAAAGCUUCCUCUCUCUCAAACCUCACCGAUCUUCAGAUUUCGCUUACGCAGAGAUCCGACGACGGAAAAAACACGGCCUAACUUUCCGAGAUUUUCGCCUCAUGCGUCGUAUCGGCGCCGGAGAUAUCGGAACAGUUUACUUAUGUCGUCUCGCCGGAGACGAAGAAGAGAGCCGGAGCUCGUAUUUCGCUAUGAAAGUCGUGGAUAAAGAAGCGCUUGCGUUGAAGAAGAAGAUGCAUAGAGCAGAGAUGGAGAAAACGAUCUUGAAAAUGCUUGACCAUCCAUUUUUGCCGACUCUUUACGCUGAGUUUGAAGCGUCACAUUUCUCUUGCAUCGUUAUGGAGUAUUGCUCCGGCGGUGAUUUACACUCUCUCCGUCAUAGACAGCCUCACCGGAGAUUCUCCCUCUCAUCCGCCAGAUUUUAUGCCGCCGAAGUUCUAGUGGCGUUAGAAUAUCUACACAUGCUUGGUAUCAUCUACAGAGAUCUGAAGCCUGAAAAUAUCUUAGUUAGAUCGGACGGUCACAUUAUGCUCUCUGACUUUGACCUCUCCUUAUGCUCCGACUCAAUCGCAGCCGUUGAAUCUACCUCAUCGUCGCCGGAGAAUCACCAACUCCGUUCACCGCGACGACUCGCUCGUCUCGCUAGACUUUUCCAACGAGUCUUGCGGUCUAAAAAGGUUCAGACUCUAGAACCGAACCGUCUCUUUGUUGCUGAACCGGUUACCGCCCGGUCCGGUUCGUUCGUUGGUACACAUGAAUACGUGGCACCAGAGGUCGCAUCAGGUGGAUCACAUGGUAAUGCCGUUGACUGGUGGGCCUUUGGAGUGUUUCUCUACGAGAUGAUAUACGGCAAGACUCCGUUCGUCGCACCGACUAAUGACGUCAUCCUCCGUAACAUUGUGAAAAGACAGUUGAGUUUCCCGACUGAUUCACCGGCGACUAUGUUUGAGCUUCAUGCGCGGAAUUUGAUUUCCGGGUUACUUAACAAAGAUCCGACUAAACGACUCGGGUCACGGCGAGGUGCGGCGGAGGUCAAAGUGCAUCCUUUUUUCAAAGGUCUUAACUUUGCGCUCAUACGUACACUUACUCCGCCGGAGAUUCCUUCGUCCGUCGUCAAGAAGCCGAUGAAAUCGGCGACGUUCGGUGGUAGGAGUAGUAACAAACCAGCGGCGUUCGAUUACUUUUGAUAAUUUAACGGUCGAGAUUAGCGCCACGUGUUAGUCGGUUA